ACAUGCAGUCCUAAGAAUCGUCUUUUAGGAUUCGUCCUAAAAGGUCUCCCGCGGCCCGUUCUCAUAUUUGUAUACGCAGCCGCGUCGCCGAUGUCCGCCGGGUCCUGGCUGGUGUCCGUGGUACACACUGCGGAGGCCCUGGGCGGGCGAGGAGGGGUGGGUGAAAAGCGCGGUCACCUCGAACUUCAAAAAUUCAAAUUCGAAUUUUCGCGGACGCAAAGCGGCAGGGGCGAAGGACGGUCGGGCGACGCGUCUGACGUACAAAAGAUAGCGCUCGUGAAGCGUUCGGCGCGGGACUCCAUCUUCCGACUCCACGCGAGUUGUGAGCAGCGGGGGCAACUUCCGGCAAGGCACAUCUUCACCUCCGCCAUGUGUGCUGUCCUGUGGACUCCGGCACACUCCAUCUUCUGUUGCAGCGUACGUCAGCGGGCGCAUCUACGGGUCCGGCUGCGUGUCUCUCUUCACUUGGUUCAGCAGUGGGCGUGUCUUCGGCGGUUGUGGCAGGCGUCACGCUCUUCGAGCAAGAAGAUUCCCAGAGAUGGAUCUUCACGUCAGCGGGCACGGUCUGCGCGAAGAGGAGAUCGACGCGGUCGCGAUGGCGGUUACUGCCAUCGUCGUGAACGCGAUGGGCAGCAUGUCGUCGUCCUCAAGCGACAUGCUGACACAACUCCGAAAACGAAGAGCGUUGUUGCAGCGCAUUGCCAAAGCGCCGGAUUGCGUGGCCACACUAAACGACGGACUGGCGGGACAUGGGAGGAUCUCCGCCUCUGUGAUGACGCGACGGGCGAGUAUUACCGGCAGAAGUUGCGCAUGUCGUUGGCCAUGUUCAGGCAGAUCGUUGCCGCGUGCGCCUCGUACGUGGAGAAGAAGGUGACGCACUACAGGAUGCCUUUGCCAGUGGAGCAGGUGAUCACUUUCGCGUUGUACAGGUGGGCGUCAGGAGAGACGUACGAGAGUGGCACUUCGGUCUUCGGCAUCAGCAGGGCAACUGGACUGCAGGCCGUCCGCGACGUCACUUCGACGCUGCUGCAGGCGUACCCCGACGCUAUCAAGAGGCCAGUUGGCCGUAGACGUGCGCAAAUUCUGCACGCAUUCCGUGACAAGGGUUUCCCGAACUGCUUCGGUGCGAUCGACUGUACACACAUCUACAUUGACAAGCCCGUCGGCUCACCUUUCGACAACUAUUACGACCGCAAACAGAAGUUCUCCGUGCAGGCGCAUGUGGUGGUGGAUUUGGAUCUGCGGAUCCUCCACGUCCACAUUGGAUACCCGGGAAGCGUGCACGAUGUCCGCAUCCUGCACAAUUCCCAGUUGUGGAGGCUUGCAGGAGUUGGCGAGCUGUUCGACGCAACUCCGGAGAAUCUGCCGCACGGUGUCGUCACACGAGGCUACCUGCUAGGCGACAACGGUUAUCCAAUUGCCUGUCCAUGGAUCGUGCAGCCGUACGGAGGAAUCGACCAACAUCCUGACGAGGAGCGCUUCGACACGUGGCAGAAGGUGGCGCGGGGGUGUGUGGAGAGGGCAUUUGGGCGACUGAAGUGCAUGUGGCGUCUGUUUUUGCGCACCCACAAGACGAACCUGGAGACCUUGCCACAAAAAUUCAUGGCAGUGUGCACUCUCCACAACAUCCUCCUCGACGCGGGGAUCGACUUCGAUGAGAACCUUUUGUGGGAGGUGGAUGAGAACGGCAUUCGUCGUAGAGUAGACUUGGGGAUUGUGGGGAACGGCGCGGGCAGGCAGCGACAGAGCACGAAUGUGGAUAGGGACUUGUUGUGGGAUGCAGUUCGAGACCGCCUAGCUCUCAUGUAGGACCGUGCGCACGGGAGGUGGAGGGGGGAGGGGGGGGGGGGGGGGGGGGGGGGGGGGAGGGGGCGGAAGGGGGUUUGGGUAGGGGUUGAUAGUAUGUGGGUUGGUGCGAUCUGCAGGAGGGUGGAAUUGGCACGUGGCCGCGUCCAUUGGCAACACUGCGCGAAGUAGCUGGGUCGAUUGUGUGGCGGCAUGGUUGUCGUCUGUGACUUCCUUUCUUGUUUUCGUCGUUUGGACGGUUGCGUGGUUCGUACAGCUGUAUGAACAUUU